AUGGAUUCGAGGGAAAACAGGAGUAAUCGCCAGUCGCAAACAGGUUCUUGCUAUUCGAACUUGGGGAGAAGAUCGGGAGCCUCGCCAUCUGUCAUCGUCAUAGGUGCCGGAUUUGCAGGCAUUACAGCUGCACGCGCUCUUCACGAUGCCUCAUUCCAGGUUACUGUAUUGGAAUCACGGGAUAGAAUCGGUGGCCGAGUGCAUACUGAUUACUCAUUUGGUUUCCCUGUUGAUUUGGGUGCUUCGUGGUUACAUGGUGUUUCGAAGGAGAACCCAUUAGCUUCAGUUAUUGGAAGACUGGGACUGCCGCUUUAUCGAACUAGUGGGGAUAAUUCGGUUUUAUAUGAUCAUGAUCUAGAAAGUUAUGCCCUUUUUGACAUGGAUGGAAAACAAGUUCCACAAGGUCUAGUUUCGAAGGUUGGGGAAACUUUCGAGACCAUUUUGAAAGAGACGGAUCUUAUAAGGCAGGAGUUCAGUGAAGACAUGUCUAUACAACGUGCAAUCUCGAUCGUUUUUGACAGGAGACCAGAUUUAAGGUUGGAAGGGCUCGACAAUCAGGUUUUGCAAUGGUACCUAUGCAGAAUGGAAGGCUGGUUCGCUGCAGAUGCUGAGACUAUAUCACUUAAAAGCUGGGACCAGGAAGAGUUGCUUCCCGGUGGGCAUGGGCUCAUGGUACGCGGAUAUCUUCCAGUAAUCAAUACACUUGCAAAAGGCCUGAACAUCCGUCUAGGCCACAGUGUCACUAAAAUAGAUCGACGCCAUAAUGGAGUAAAAGUAACUGUAGAAAACAGUACAACAUUUGUAGCAGAUGCAGCUGUAAUCACUAUUCCCCUUGGCGUACUAAAAUCAAAUCGAGUCAAAUUCGAGCCGAGGUUACCCGAGUGGAAAGAGGAGGCGAUUAAGGACCUCGGUGUUGGGAUUGAGAAUAAGAUUGUCUUACACUUUGAUAAUGUCUUUUGGCCGAACGUCGAGUUUCUGGGAGUAGUUGCUGAGACUUCUCACAGAUGCAGUUAUUUCCUUAAUCUGCACAAAGCCACGGGUCAUCCGGUCCUCGUUUAUAUGCCGGCCGGAAAAUUAGCCCGUGACAUUGAGAAGAUGUCGGAUGAGACCGCCGCGAAUUUUGCUUUCGCACAACUUAAGAGAAUCCUUCCAAAUGCUUCCGAACCGAUCCAACACCUUGUCUCUCAUUGGGGCGUGGACAAGAACUCGUUGGGCUCAUACAGCUAUGACAUUGUCGGCAAAUCCCACGACCUUUUCGAGAGGCUGAGAAUCCCUGUCGAUAACCUGUUCUUCGCUGGCGAGGCCACGAGUUUCGAUUACCCGGGUUCGGUCCACGGAGCCUACUCGACGGGCCUCAUGGCUGCUGAGGACUGCAGGAUGCGCGUUUUGGAGCGUUAUGGUGAGUUGGACCUUUUCCAGCCUGUCAUGGGCGAGGAGGUCUCGGUCCCGCUAUUGAUCUCCCGUAUGUAA